UAUAGGGAUCCCGUCAAGAAGAGAGAACUACGCAACACAGUGGUUGAUGCAGCCAUAUUUCCUUGUUUAUCAGGUGAUGGAGGCAGCCUUGCUGCUCCUCCACUCCUCCCUCACCUUACCUUGCUACUGUUACUGCUGCUGCCAUCACCUCUGACCUAGCUGAGCUACAACACUAGCCCUCACAGGUGUGACAUUGGAUGUUCAUGUGAUGAAAACAGUUGGUAGCACAACUACCAGUUAAGAGAGAAGACUGAUGUCUAUAAAUAAUGUUCAUUGCUAUAGUGAAGAUGACAGAAGGGAACGUGGAUAGUAGAAAAUUAUAUAUCUAUGGCUUUUUAGAUGUGAUAAAAGCAUAGUGGUGUUUCAGAAUGACUUUAUUGAAAAGCUUCUGAUAAAGGAAUUAUUUUGCAAUAUACAAGUCAAGCAUAUUUUUUUUCUUUUCUUUUUUUUCUUCUUUUUCCUAUUGGUGGAAAAGUGCAGACUAAACUAGUAGGUCAACACCAUCACAAGUGUCUUCAAAAGCAAGGCUCCAAAUUCUCACGAUGGGUCAGCUGAGCCACGUACAGUUACGCCGGCUGGAGGAACACAAGUACUCUUGUGCAUCAAGUUCUUUGAUGGACCCCAUGAUGCAGAAGUGGUGGUGCUAUCUGGUUGAACAGUGUUCCAUGACUCUUGCUCCUAAUCUCAUCACCAUUGCCGGUCUGCUGAUCAACGUCAUCACCUCAUUACUCUUAGUAUACUACAGCCCAGAUGCUAAGCAGGAGGUGCCUCGUUGGGCCUGUUUUCUUUGUGCUCUAGGGCUGUUUAUCUACCAGAGCCUCGAUGCAAUUGAUGGGAAGCAAGCAAGACGCACUGGCACAUCUUCUCCGCUCGGAGAGCUCUUUGAUCAUGGCUGUGAUUCACUUUCUACAGUGUUUGUCUCUCUUGGGGUAUGCUGUUCUGUGUGCCUGGGAACCCAUCCAUACUGGAUGUUCUUUCAGUGCAUGAUGGCUGUUAGUCUCUUCUAUUGUGCACACUGGCAAACUUACGUAUCGGGAACCCUUCGAUUUGGUUUUGUCGAUGUAACUGAAGCCCAGUUUGGUGUGAUUAUCAUUCACUUAAUUUCUGUUAUUUUUGGAUCAGGAGUUUGGUCUUUAAAGGUUCCAGUUUUGUGGUUGCCAUUCAAGUGUCUGCCUACUAUAAUUGGGCUAAUAGCAGCUGCUGUAGCCCUCUUUAAUAAUUUUAAGAUAAUCCUAAUAGAGAGAGGAGCUGGUCGCAAUGGCUCCACGGUUGCCGGUACAAGCGUGUUGUCACCAGUUGUGCCAUUGUUUUUUAUAGUGGCUCCUUCAAUCUUGAUAGCCUGGAAAAGUCCAAUUGGCCUUUAUCUAAAAAAUCCAACCAUAUAUCUCUUAACCUUUGGGUGUGUAUCAGCACGAGUCACCAAUAGGCUAGUUGUUGCUCAUAUGACAAAAAGUGAGAUGGCAUACAGUGAUGCAUCUCUUCUGGGUCCUGGUGCCCUCUUCCUCAACCAGUACUUUAAUUGUCCCAUCCCAGAGACAAUUCUACUAUAUAUUGUUUGUGUAUAUGUGAUAUAUGACCUUGUCAAGUAUUGCCGAGAAGUUUGUUUGGAAAUUUGCGAUCACUUAAAUAUUAUGCUGUUUACUAUUGUUCCAAAAAAUCAGUCGGGAGUAAAAACUCCCACAGUGGAGAAAAACGGCAGUUCGUCAAAAUAUUCGACACGCAGUAAGAGUAAGGUGAAAAAUAAUUAAGCUUUAUAUUGUAGUAAUUAUAUAAAUAAAUCUUUAAAUAGCUGAAGGCUAGGAAUUGUUAUGUAGGGAAAAUUGUAUUUUUAUUACUUGUUUUAUGUUGGUUAGUGUCCUGUUUCUGUCCUCCAACCUUUUCAGUGUUAUCAUAUGUCUAGAUUUAGCAUUUUGUGCAUUAUUGAAGCCGGAUUGAAUUAUUAUGUGGUAUUAGUUACUGUAGCAACAGUAACAAAACAUCAGUGGAAUUACUUUUAAUAUAAUCUUUUUUAAAGCUUUACAUCUGAAUGAAUAUAAACAGUCAUUCCUGAGCAUAACUGUUUAUUUCCUUCAUAAACAAAAGAUAGCCUCUUCCUGUUGGUUGUGAGGGCUUAUUGCCCCUGCAGACCCGUCCCUGACCAGGCCUGCUGGUUGAUGACCUGAUCAUUCAGGUUAUUGGUGCUGACAGGAUGCAGUCUAACAAGCACCACGACUUGACUGAUUAGGAACUGCCUGAAGGAACUUUUCAAGUUCCUUAACAAAGACAGGGUAAUUUCCCUUAUGUUUGAGUUAUUUACUCUAAAGGUAAUUUAAGGAGUUAAUCACACAUUGGGGGAUUUUGCAAAGUUAUGUUGAGGACACUGCAGGGUAUGGAAUUUUGGAUGCCUGGUGAUGCAGAGUAAUCAUCAGAUUGAGUGCUAAAUUAUAACUUUUUUUUUUGUAUAUCCUUAAUACUACAUUUCAUUAUGUAAUAGUGUAUUUCUAAAUACAAUGUGCUAUGCAAUGCCCAUUUCAGUUUUUUUUAAUUAGGUAGAUAUUUCCUUCAACUGUGGAGGAAUGCACUUACACCUUUUUGGAUAUAAUUUGUUAUUGUAUAAUAAACUGUCAGGUGGGUUAUGUAAAGGAUGGUGCAUUAUACUUUUUUUUUUUUUUUUUUUUUUUUUUUUUUUUUUGCCAUGUGGCAUGUGGCCUUGUGACCUGAUCUUGAGGGCAGAAUUUGCACCAGUUUCAUCUGUUCAAAAUGUGUGUGGUUAAUGUAAAUAUGAUUCCAGAAAAUAAAUUUGACACCUUUUUCUGUGUUUAGGGUUAUUCUUUGUGUACUGAUGGAAAAGUAAAUACCAAUAAUAGAAGCAAAGUUGGAAUUAGAUCUUAGUGAAAAAUGUGUUGCAUUGCAAUUCAUGGGAAAGCAGCUUAAGACAUUUUACUCUACUGUGAAAUAAAUUUGCAUAUGCAAAGUGCUAAUGCUUCAGCAAUAUAAAAAUCAAGUUCUAAAAUGUAUUUCUUAUUUGCUGUUUUUUUUUUUCUUUAAUUUUUAAAAUGUAGUUUAUUUGCAAAUUAAAAAAAAAAAAUAGCCAAAAUACUUUGCUAAGACAGUACUAGAAAUUUGCAACUUGUAAUACAGAUACCAUUAAAACGUUGUUUUACAACUUGCCAGUUACGUUAUUCAUUUGUACCGGAUACAUUGUUUAUGAAAUAGUUUAAAAUUUUGCCAUUUGUUGAUCUAUGCAUUUAUCCAUGUAAUGUGUGUAUAAAUCUUACUCUGCAGGAACAGAAGUAAAUUGCCUAAUUUUUGUAGAUGUUUUAUAACUUGCACAUAAAAUAUAUUAAAUUUU